AUGGAAGAUUUUGCUUAUAUUGAUAAAAAUGUUUACAUAAAUAUUCUACUUGUAUUUAUUAAAAAAAUAAAAGAUUACCUAGUAGGAAUAGGUAUAUUGAAAAUCCUUUUUUGUGUUUGUAUUAUAUUGUUGAGUGUUUUUAUUGCGAAAAGAAAAAAUAAAAAGAAGAAGAAAAUAAAUGUAUAUCUACAAUUAAAUAGAAAAAAAAAUAAUAGUACCAAAGUUUCGAAUAGUUCAAAAAAGUCUACUAUAAGUAAUGAAGAUGAUAUAUCACAAAAGAAUUUAUCAAAAAUAAGUGAAAGUGGAAAAAUAGAAGAAAUAUCUAAUGGAUAUUAUCAUUUAACAUAUACAUCUCAUAUAUUUAAUUUAAAAACCAUAAAUAGAAUAGAAUUAUGUAAUGUUUGUGAAGAGAAUAUAUAUUCUUUUUUUUUUCAUAAAAAAAAUAUUUUUGAAUGUAUUAUGUGUAGAAAUAAAUGUCAUAUAGAAUGUGCUCCAAAUUCAAAUUUGAUGAGUUGUAAAACUAGUGUAUUUUUUAAAAAUAAGCAUAAAUUUAUAAAAUUAAGAAAUUGUUCUUGGAAUGAUAAAUGUGAUAUUUGUGAUCAAAAAUUUUAUUUCUUUUCUUUAUAUACACUUUUAAAAAGACACAUAUAUAAAUGUAUAUGGUGUAAUAAAUAUUUUCAUUUAAGAUGUUUAAUUAAAAAUUCUUAUAAAAAAAAAAAAAUAAUAAAAGAAAAUGAUGAUGAAAAUGUAGUAGAUAAACAAAAAAUGAAAAAUUUGUGUACAUAUGGUAAUAAUGAAUAUAUAUUAUACCCUUAUCAAUUAACUAUCAAAGAAAAUGUAUUAAUAGAUUUUUUAAUAAGUGCAUAUAAUAAAGUGAAAGAAAAUGAUAUAAAAUUAGAUGACAUAUUUUUAAGUUAUACAUUAAAUGAUUUUUAUAAUAUUGAAAAAAAAUAUAAAAAAGAUAUGAUAGAACCUAUAGAACAAUUUCCUUCAAAUAAAAUUAGAAGUGUAAAUGAUUUAUUAUAUUUUGAUUAUGUAAAUCAUUUUAAAAGUUUUAGAAAUAUGAAAAAAAAAAAAAAAAAAAAAAUUAUUCAAAUUCAUCUAAAUUUCUUAUUAAAUUUCUUCCCAGUACAUUUACCAAUAUAUCAUAUCAAAAGUAAUAAAACAUUUCUACUCAUAUUUGUAAAUGUAAAAAGUGGAGGACAAACAGGAAAAAAUCUUUAUCAAGAAUUGUUAAUGUAUUUUAAUCCUAUACAAAUUAUAAAUAUAAAAAGUGAAAAAAAUGUAUUAAAUGCAUUAAAUUUAUUUAAACAAAUGUUUUAUUUAAAAAAAAUUAUAUUGCUUAUAUGUGGAGGUGAUGGUACUAUAAGUAUUUUUAUAGAUACAUUAAUAAAGUUCUUCUUAAAACAAAAUUCAAACAUUGAAAAUAAAACACAAGGGGAUAAAAAUGAACAAAUUAAUAAAGAACCUAUUCUAAAUAAUAAUGAUAAAAAUAAAACAACCUCAUCUAAUAAAACGACAUUUUUAAAUAAAACAUUAACUAACAUUACCGAAAAAAUAAGAUACAAUAAAGAUCUUUUAAAGAAAAAAUGGGGGGGUACUCCAACAGCGCAAACCAAUACCAAUAAUAACAAUCAUAUGAAUGCUCAAGGUGGCAAAUUAUCAUCUAAAUUUUUUCUUAUAAAAAGAAAAAUGAAGAAAAAAAAAAAUAAUAAUAAUAAUAAUAAUAAUGAUAAUAAUGACAAUGAUAAAUAUUCUACCAGUGAAGAAGAUACAAGCGAUUUUAGUGAUACAGACGAUGAAGAUAAUGAAGAAGAAAAAUUUUCUAGCAUAAAAGAACAACUUUUUAAAACCAAAGUUAAUGAAGAUACAUUAAAUGUUACCGAAAAUUAUGAACAUAUUUAUAAACAAAUCAAAAAUUUUCAAAAUAAAAAUGUAUAUGAAAAGGAUGAUACAUAUGAAGAUAAUGCAGAGGAUAAUAAGAAUAAUAUUGAACACAACCAUAAAAAAAAAAAAGAAAAAAAAAAGGAUAAUAACAAAAAUAAUAAUUCUAUUAUGUAUGAUCAUGUGUCAGAUAUUAAUGAAGAUUGUUAUUUUUCAGCUACAGGAUUUGAAGGAGAGAGUAUAUAUCAUAAUGUAUACUAUGAUCAUAAUAAUAAAAACUGUAAUGAUUUACAUAUGACAACAAAUAUUAGUGAUAACUUAUGUGGAUAUUAUGGAGAUACCAAAAAGAAAAAGCUUAAAUAUAUGGUAAAAGAUGAUAAUAUUAACAGUAAUAAUAAUAACAAUAAUAAUAAUAAUAAUAAUAAUAAUAACAAUAACAACAAUAACAACAACAACAACAACAACAAUAAUAAUAAUAAUAAUAAUGAUGGUGAUUCUGCUUUUGUUUCUAUUAACAAUAAUAAUGAUAAUAAUAUUAAUAAUAAGACGACGACUAUUACUUCUACUAAGUCCACUUCUAAUACUACUCAUAAUAACAGUACCUGUAUUACCAAUAAUGAAGAUCAUAAUAUGAGCGAUAAAAAAAAUGAAGGCUUAAACAAAAUUAACAACAUAGAAGAAUUUAAUAAAGGUGAAAUGUGUAUGUAUGAAAAACAAUGCAAUUUGUUAGAAAAUAUGAAUAAUGAUUAUAAAUUAAUAAACCCCGAAUAUGAUGAAAAAAGUCAUAUAGAUGAUGAAACUUUUUUUGAUAGUUGUGAUAAAAGUAAAGAUGAUAUACAAUGUACUCAUAGCAAUUUAAUAUUAAAAGAACUUAGUGAAGAAACAAAUUUAGAAAAAGAUAAUGAAGAAGAUAAUAAUUAUUCAUUAGAAUCUUGUAUUUCUACAACACCUUUAUGUGUAUUACCAUUAGGUACUGGGAAUGAUCUAAGUAUUAGUUUAGGUUGGGGUAGUGAAUAUAAUAAUGAUAUAUUUUUUUAUUUAAAUAAAUUAAAAAAUUGUCAAAAUGAAAUAGUAGAUGUAUGGAAUAUGAAAGGAUAUGAUUUAAAUAAUAAUUUAAUUUUAAAUAAUAGUUUUAUCAAUUAUUUCGAUAUAGGAAUUAUAGCUAGAUUAGCUUUACAUUUUGAUAAUAUUAGGAAAAAAUAUCCACACUUUUUUAAUAGCAGAAUAGGGAAUAAAAUAUUAUAUGGAGAAGUAGGGUUUAGAGAUUUCUGUUUUAAUACAUAUAAAUAUAAAUUAAAUAAAAAUAUAAAAAUAUAUUGUGAUGGGAAAAAAGUAAAUAUAGAAGAAAAUCUAGAAAGUGUUUGUAUAAUAAAUAUACCUUACUUCCUAGGAGGCAUAAAAAUAUGGAAAGAUGAUGAAUUAGAAAAAAAUUAUUAUUCUGAUGUUGAAAAGGAAAAUGACAAAAUAAAUGAUAGUGAAUAUAUAAGUGAUCAUGAAAAAGGAGAUAAUAAUAAUAAUAAUAAUAAAAAGAACAAAAAGAAAACAAAAAGAAAAAUAAAACAUAAUAAUACUAUUAAUAAAGAUGAAAAUAAUACAGAUAAUUUUAAUGAUAAUAGUUUUGAAAGUUAUUCAAGUAGUAAAAAUAUUCAUAAUAAAUAUGAUAAUGAUUAUAAAAAAAAUUUAUAUACAGAUCAAGAUAAACAAAAUAUUAUCAAUAAUAUAUCAUUAAAAAAAGAUCAAUUAACAAACGAAACAAAUAUUAAUUCUCCUGAAAUAAAAAAUAUUGAAAAGUUUAUUAACAGAAAUGAAAAUACAUCAGAUUAUGCAAAUAAUAUUUAUAAAUCAUAUAGAUUAGAUUCUUAUAAACAAAAAAAAACACAACACAAAUAUAGAAAACAAAAAAUUAAUGAUAAAGUUAUUGAAGUUAUAGGUUUUAGAAAUAUGUUCCAUCUAUUUCAAGUACAAUUAGGAAUGUCUAAAGCAAUCAAACUCUGUCAAGGAAGUGAAAUUGUUGUUAAAAUUAAUAAAAAGUUUAUUAGAAAUAAAAACAAAAUAUAUUUUCAAUAUGAUGGAGAACCUGGCUAUCUUAAUAUCCAUAAAUUGCAUUUUACUCACAACCAAUGUACGUUUUUAUCACCAAAGGAUGCCAUUUGA